CUAAAUCUGACAUAAUGGAGAAAUUCACGGCCGUAAAACUUAAAAACAGUCCGGUAAAAAAGAUCUAUUGUGGUUGGUUUUUGAAAAUAUUUCAGAUUUGUUUAUCAGAAUUUAUGUAUUUGAACCUACAAUAAAUCUAGAAACUAAACCUAUUGAAAUUGGUCUGCGUAGCUUUCUCUCCCCGUUGUUUUUGCUAGCAGCUCCCAAUAGCUUCUGCGUGAUCUUUGACCUUGUUUUGACAAUGUAUGAGAAUGUUUUUACAAUCUGCCUUCGACCGUUUUGUUGCCAUGGACUGAUAAGUUUACUGACUUUACUGAUAAGUAAAACCGGACUUAGUUUAUUUUAGUAUUUUUCUAAGCGAACUGCUCGUUUUGUUGUUAUUUGUUUCAAGUUUUCAUGAAAUUACAAUGACUGAUCUUCCUUUUGAUACAAUGAUUCCAAAUACACAGUUAGCAGAGAACUAUUUUAAACAACACAAUCAUGUAUUUUAUGAUGGUGAUGAGGCUGUGAGGUUCACUUUGACAGAUGGAUUCAAUACAAUUGAGUCUAGGAAAGAUGCUACGUGUUUAUUAAAAAAUAUUGAUGACAAAGAUUGUAAAGGAAGAAAAGCUUCAGAGAUACAUCUUAUAGAUUUCAAACUAAUGAAACUGAGAAAAGAAUUAGAGAUAAAUGCUAAUUUGUUUAGUCAGAUUGAAUUUUUAAUUAGGAAAGUGCCUAUUGAUGAUGUACUAAAUUGUGAUCUUAAAUUGAUCAGUCAAAAUAUACUGUAUAACACUACAACAAGCUUCACAACUCCUAUAAAGAGGUGUACGUGCAUAUUGAUGGAUAACUCCCCCUUAGCCCUUUUUGGCUCUGUGGUUCAAAUAUUGAGAAAAUUCACUUCAUGCAUGAUAAUAGUUAGCAGAUUGCGAGCUGUUGUUGGUCACCUUUUUGUGGAGUUAUGUCACAAAGUGGGGUUGAAUGAAGUGGAGCUGAUUUUUGACAAACGCUCUAGCUUGGUCAAUAUUUAUUUCAAAAAUUUAGAUAGAGGUGCAUCUAGUUUUGACAGUGGAUGCGUGGGUGUGAUUACUGAAAAUGGCGAUAUAGACUCUGCUGUCGACGUGCUAAUAGAGACUACAGUUCGGCACCCAUGGCAGCUGAGACGCAUUUUAGUUCAAGAGAAUGUAUACACAACGUUUAAAAAUGCCAUGCGCUGGAAGACCCAACAGGAUUUAGGAGAACAAACGAAAUUCUCCGCAGAAUCCUUCUCUUAUAAGGGCAAACAAUUCUUUCUGGACUACACUCAGACUGACAGAAUAAAUGAAUACAUCGCAGUCGAAUCUUAUAGAACAACUAAAGAAUUGUUGACGCUCCUUAAUAAAUACAACAACUUUUAUAUGUCAUUGUGGACAAGCAGCCUCGUCGAAAGCAACGAAAUUACUCAUUACGCCUCUUCAGAUAUUGUUUGGAUUAACCAUUUCGGCGUAUUCGAUGGUCCCCCUCAGGCUUCGCAAGCCAUAUACGGGGCUGUGUUCUUGAUAUACUGCCCACUAGUGAGAUUUUUCGUUAGUAAAAAUUGGUCUACGCAGCAGAAGGAUUGGUUGAAGCUCUCGUUUCACGAACGCUGCAGCAAGAUAAAUUUUUGUCUGUCAGAAUGCUAUGAGAAUUUUCCGCAGCUGCAUCAGUUUUUGACGUGUUUGAGAGACUGGCAACCCGAUUCUGUUUACUCAGAUAAUGGCAAAACAUGCGUGUGCACUACGAAGCCAAGAAAUAUGAUUUGCUAUAAGAAGAUCAAGCAAGAAGAUUCUUCUGGAGUUAAGUCUGUUAUUAGGCUUUUGGCACUCGGAUAUGCUAUCAUUGACAAUUCAGAAUCCGAUGUAGUUGCUGAUUUCACCCGAAAAAUGUCAGCCAUCGGAGCGCCAAUUUUAACGUUCAGCACUUCUGAAUUUGAAAAUAGUGUUGCCAUUGAAGCUGCGGAUUUAAUAAAUGAUGACUUUCUUUGCCGCACUAAAGUUGUUUACUCCAAUUUCGGCACAAUAUUCGCCAAUUAACAAUAAUGUUAUUUUUAUUUAAAAAAAAAUAAAAAUAUGUUUUUUUUUAUUAUAUCUUUAUUAAAAUAUCAGUGAUGCAUGUAUUUGUUGCUUAGAUUAAAUCAAAAACCCUUUUUAAUUUAAUCUAAGAUUUAUUAUCAUAAUUUUAAGUACCCACGGAUAUUGUUAGCCGACUUAAUUCUAAGAAAUUUUAUUGUAUGAGAUUACAGUUUGUCGUGAGUCGUGACAUGAAUGUUUGAGGAACUAACAUUAUUCAUGUGUCUGGCAACACUAAACUUAUGUACAUCAGCUGUCAUCGAGUUUCAGUUGUGGAACAGUUUUCCUUUUGUGUUUUUUAUUGUUUGGAUUAAACUGUAAUAAAUUAAGAUGAAACAGGUAUAAAAAUGAGUAAAGUAAAUCGGAGUGGCACGCGGGAAGUGAUUUUUAAAGUUUUCCAGCGAUGUUUCGAAGACUACCAAGCUGGACGAAUUUUGUGGGAUUUGGAUGAUGUUUAUGGGCGAACAGCAUCUAUAACGGGUAUGUAAUCGUGUAACUAUUUGUUGGUAAUCUGCCUGAAGUUACAAAUUUACUCAAUUUACAAUUUAAAUUACGAGAAGAUCUUCUCUAUGGAGGAUACGCUCGACAUGACAGUUACUUUCAUGACAUCUGUUUAAAGUACAUUACUGAUUGCAGAUAAACACACAAUAAAAAAAUUAAAAAAAAAAACGAUUUUGAGACAAAAAAGGCAUUGUUUACAUUGCACAUUUUUAGGUUACAUUGACAUUGUAAAUAGGUAAUAUUGUAGUACGACCAUUUCUUUCGAUACGAUAUUAUGGUUCAACUCGGUCAGGUUUUCUACCAAUUUUGAAUUAAUUGCUUCAUGUCAAUAAGUUAUUGUUUCUAUUCCGUUACAUUAUUUUUUUCUUUUUUGCGGGAAAAUCAGAGAGUCGGAUAGUCAACGAAGGUUUUAAGAAUGAUGGAAAGUUUGAAACUCCUGGGAAAACAGGCAAGGCCGACCAAAGAAAGAAAUGGUCACAUAAAGUACCAUGGCCAGAUGCUUUUAGUGAAGAUAUCUAUCACUAUUUUUAUUUACUGCACAUUUACAAAUUGUUUCUCUAAAUAAACUUUUUAUAUAGUAUAAAAUGCUUUUUAGUAUUAUUUUCUUAACAAGUGUGUUAAAAAACGUCGUAUGAUGAUAAUUGUGUGUAUUGAUAACGGCUACUAAUAUUACCUGACGGCUCUGGUCUCAAUGGCACCUCAGCGGUAAUCACCAACAUUACACACUUUUACACUAUAAAGUACUAUUUUAUCUAUAAUAAUUUUAUUCUGAUUCAAUUAAAUAUGCUUGGCUAAACUUUUUAUAAGCAUAAGUACCUACUAUAUAUAAAACAGAAACAAAAUACGACUGUAUAGUGUGUCUUAUUAAUUACCUAUUUUACUUGAAUGAACUGCUUUUAUCAAAAUCAUUUUGGUCCGACUGUAUAGGGUUGCUACAUGCAUACUAGUGGCGCCAUCAUUUAAUGUCACGACUUUAUAGACAAACUGUAAGUCUGCCAUUCGUAUAUAGUAUAAGCAAUUAUAUUUUUGUAAUAAAUUAUCAAAUAAAUAUUUUCAUAAAAACUCUAA